GAUCGCCAACCUUGCCCCGACAUUUCUGAAGUCUCGGACCUAUAGUGUGCUCCCAACAGUCGGUUCAUUCGGUGUUCAGAACGGAUUGAUCCCAAGCUCUGCCGGUGGAAACGGAAUUUGAGGUUUUCCAGGAGAACAAAAUCAGUGAAGAUUUAUUUCUUACGUGUUUAGCUAACGAAGUCUGUCUUUCAGACUCCAUAAUCUGGAAAAAUUACUUGUGUUCAAACAUUUGCCAUAAUAGUUUUGUGUUGAAUAGUGUUUUUGUGAAAACUUCUGAAAAAAAAUAUCAGGAGCAAGAUGUCGUCGUCUGCCGUAACUAAAACUUCGAAGUAUACCUAUAAAUCCACUGGCGGUGGUUCCGCUGACGUUAGCAUUGAGUACAGUGCUGACCUGAGCGCAUUAUCCCGGCUGGAGGACAAAAUCCGCCUGCUGCAGGAAGAUCUGGAGUCGGAGCGCGAUCUCCGCCAAAGGAUCGAACGCGAAAAAGCCGACCUCAGCGUGCAAGUAAUCCAGAUGUCAGAGCGCCUCGAUGAGGCCGAGGGUGGCGCCGAAAGUCAGCUGGAAAUCAACCGCAAACGUGACACCGAACUGACCAAACUGCGCAAGCUGCUCGAAGAUGUGCACCUGGAAUCAGAAGAAACCGCCCACAUUCUGAAGAAAAAACACCAGGAAAUCGUCAACGAUUUCAACGAGCAAAUCGAGUCUCUAACCAAGGCGAAACAAAGGGUCGAGAAGGAGAAGUCCAAACAGCAGGCCGAAAUCUACGAGCUGUUGUCUCAGAUCGAGAGUGUGUCGAAAGAUAAGUCCAUCAGUAUUAAGACGAUUGAGAAGCUGGAAGUGCACGUGACGGAGCUGAACAUUCGUGUCGAAGAGCUGAACCGCACCAUUGUGGACAUCACGUCGCACAAGACUCGCCUAUCCCAGGAGAACAUCGAUUUGGUUAAGCAGGUGCAGGACCUGAAGAUCAACAUCGAAAGCAUCAGCUUCUCGAAGACACAACUGAACUCACAGCUUGAGGAAGCCAGACGCCGCCUGGAAGAGGAUGACCGCCGCCGUUCCAUGCUGGAGUCCACACUGCACCAGAUCGAAACUGAGCUCGAGUCCGUUCGGCUGCAGCUGGAAGAGGAAUCGGAGGCUCGUAUGGAUCUGGAACGACAACUGGUGAAGGCAAAUGGGGAAGCUGGAACCUACAAAUCAAAAUACGAAGCCGAAGUGAUGGCUCGUAACGAAGAGUGUGAGGAAAUUCGCCGCAAAUACACUAUUCGUAUCCAGGAAUCGGAAGAGCACAUCGAAUCUCUCCAGGUUCGAUUGAACAAACUGGAAAAGGAAAAGAGUCGUUUGUCCAGUGAAAUCGAAAUUCUCAUUAUCGACCUGGAGAAGGCCAACAAUGGUAUUCGCGAAUACACCAAACGUAUCGAAAUUCUCGAGAAAACCAAUAUCGAAAUUAAGACCCGUCUGGAGGAAACCAUUACCCUGUACGACCAGUCGCAGCGCGAUCUGAGACAGAGAACUCAGGACUACCAGCGCCUGAGCCACGAGUUGGAUGCCACCCGUGAACAGAAGGACCAGUUGUCCCGGGAUAACAACAAGCUGCAGAAGGAUCUGCACGAGGCCCGUAGCACCGUCACCGAACUGACACGCCGCCUUCAUGACUAUGAAGUCGAGCUGCGUCGUCUGGAGAAUGAGCGCGAAGAACUGACCGCUGCCUACAAGGAAGCCGAAGCUGGACGUAAAGCCGAAGAGAAGCGUGCCCAAGCUUUGGCCGGUGAAUACGGUCAAUUCCGUCACGACACCGAACGCCGUUUGCUCGAGAAGGAAGAGGAGAUCGAAGUCAUCCGCAAGCAGACUAGCAUUGAAAUAGAGCAGCUGAAUGCCCGCGUCGUUGAGGCGGAAACCAAGCUGAAGAGCGAAGUGCAGCGCAUCAAGAAGAAGCUGCAGAUCCAGAUUACCGAACUGGAGAUGUCGCUGGAUGUUGCCAACCAUACCAACAUCGAGCUGCAGAAGACGAUCAAGCGUCAAUCGGCACAGCUGACCGAGAUUCAGGCCCACUACGAGGAGAUUCAACGCCAGUUGCAGUCCACCGUUGAUCAGUACGGAAUUGCCCAACGUCGCAUUCAGUCGCUCAAUGGUGAACUGGAAGAGAUCCGUAUCAACUACGACUCGUCGCUGCGCUCCAAACGUCAGGUUGAGGUUCAGCUGGAGGAAGCCACAUCACGCAUCAACGAGCUCGUCGUCAGCAACGCUAACUACUCUUCCCUUAGAGCUAAGCUCGAACAGGAACUGCAGGUUUUGGCCAGCGACUACGAGGAGGUUUCGCGCGAGUUGCGCGUCAGCGAUGAACGUUACCAGAAGGUUCAGGUUGAACUCAAGCACACCGUUGAACUACUGCACGAAGAACAGGAAAGAAUUGUUAAGAUUGAAACCAUCAAAAAGUCUCUGGAAGUCGAAGUCAAGCAACUUUCAGUCCGUCUCGAAGAGGUUGAGGUUAAUGCUGUUGCCGGUAGCCGUCGUAUCAUCAGCAAGUUGGAAGCUCGUCUGCGGGACAUCGAAACCGAACUGGAGGAGGAAAGAAGGAAGCACGCUGAAACUAUCAAGAUCCUGCGCAAGAAGGAACGCUCGGUUAAGGAAGUCUACAUCCAAAUCGAGGAAGACCAGAAGAACCUCCAAAUCCUUCAGGAUGCAUUGGAGAAGGCCAACCAGAAGAUUGCUGCCUACAAGCGUCAGCUAGUCGAACAGGAACAAUGCUCACAGACGUGUGUUACAAAGGUGCGUCGCUUCCAGCGCGAACUAGAGGCUGCCGAGGACCGUGCCGAUGUCGCCGAAAGCAACCUGAAUCUGGUUCGUGCCAAGCACCGUACCUUCGUCACCACUUCAACUGUGCCCGGAUCGCAAGUCUAUCUGGUUCAGGAAACUACCAGAACCAUCAACGAGACGUCUUCGUCAUAAUUUGGCAGAGGAAGGGCAAAGUCACGACAGGGCAAACCAUUGCCAUGUGAUCCAAUAACAUCCGGGCGAUAUGGCGAUCUUGCGCCAUAUCGAUUGAUCUUUCAAUUUUGUUAUAAUUUUCGUUUGUGUUUGGUUUAAAUACCUUUUACAUCUUCUGUUCUUUAUGUCGUCUGUCUUCAUUUCUGUGUACCAUUAAUUUCUUUCGUUACAACUGAAGUCACACUACAGUCCACGACAAAAUAUAAUCUCUUUAAUAUGACAUGUAAGCCAUCAUACAUUAGCUAAGUAAAACAAAUCUUGCGGGCGACCAACAAAAGCAUCUGCUAUCGCAAAUAUUGAAGAAAUGGAAAACUCUACAUUAACACCGAGAAAAAAGGAAAUACAAAUAACUAGCCGCUUAGUUUUGUUAUGGAUAUUGCUAGAUUGGGAAAAGCAAAGAUGUCGUAAGGCAAAUUAAUUUAUUCUUAUUGAUCGAGAGCAGAAUUUUAUUCGGAAAUCGAAACAUUACAUUACUUUUGUAUAUUAUACAUCUUAAUAAUAAAUAAAUAUUAUUGAAACAAUAAAAAAAAAACGAAAUAUAAGAAGAUAGUAAAAAAAAGUCGCGAAGAGAAAUCCAUGCAGUUUUUUCAAAAUCUAUUUAUUUAUUGAACACCCAUUACUUUAGUCGAUUUUCAACCAAUACCUGGAAUGGAAUUGGACAUAUUUAAGAGCCACAGUGGAGAAUGUAAAAUGAUUGUCACUGAAAUCAUAAAAUCAAUAAACUUUGAAA